AUGGCAACUCCUUGGCCAAUGAGAAAAAAGAGGUCCUCCCAUGGCUCUGCCCCUCUUGCUAGAUGGUCCGCACCCUCCUUGAUGCUCCAAUGGUUGCCGUGGGUGUUGCUAUGGCUGCCGUGGCUGGGCCGAGCUGAACUAGUGGGCAGUGGAGGACAGGGGAGUAAGACCCUUCCCGGCUCACCAUUCUCUUCCUCCUCCUCCUCACCAUGGGCAUUCAAUGCAAGGCAGAGCAGAGGGCAACUGGAUUGGCUUCUGUCAGAAAAAGGCCCAUUCCACCGCUGCCCAGAGUACACCGAGUUCAGAGAGCGGUUCCAGCAGGGAUUUUCCACAAGAUACAAAAUCUACAGGGAGUUCAGUCACUGGAAGGUGAACAGCCUGGCGACAGAAAAGAGAGAGUUCCUCAAAGCGCCGUUGCCGCUGGCACCAGAGUUCCUACGCAACCUGCGACUGCUGGGGCGACGGCCAACCCUGCAGCAAAUCCACGAGAACCUCAUCAAGAAGUAUGGGACCCACUUUCUUGUGUCUGCCACCCUGGGAGGAGAGGAGUCCCUGACCAUUUUCCUUGACAAGCAGAAGUUGAGUAAGAAGUCAGAGGGGAGCAGUAACAGCUCGGUGGUCUCGCUGGAGCUCCUCCAUCAGCUGGCGGCUUCGUAUUUCACCGACCGAGAGAGUACCUUGAGAAGACUGCACCACCUCCAGAUAGCCACGUCCGCUAUCAAGGUAACCGAAACAAGGACCGGUCCUCUCGGCUGCAGCAACUACGACAGCUUGGAUUCAGUUAGCUCAGUGUUGGUGCACAGCCCAGAAAAUAAGAUUCACCUAAAGGGUUUACAAGAUGUUCUCCCAGAGUUCCUGCGCGGGCGUUUUGUGGAGGCCGCCCUCAGUUACGUGGCGUGUAACUCGGAGGGCGAGCUGCUGUGCCGCAACAACGACUGCUGGUGCCGAUGCUCUGCCCGCUUCCCAGAAUGCAACUGUCCCUUCACUGACGUCAAGGUCAUGGAGGAGAACCUGAGGAAAAGUAAAGAGUCCUGGAGCAACUUUAAUGACGAAUUCAUGGAGUCAGACGAAUUCAAAGCCUUCCUGAAGCGCUUGCCCACCGACCGGUUCUUGAAUGUGUCGACAAUUUCGAAGUUUUGGAUGGCCGAUCUGCCCCUUCAGAAGCGUUACACCCAACUGGAGUCCAGCACUGCCAUGGUCUUGGGAAAAGCCCAGAAAAUUAUCAGGAAACUGUUCACCCUGAGCAAACGCUGUCCCAAACAGCCCCACAUCAGUCUGCCCCGUGAGAGGCCUGUCAGGUUUUGGCUGAAUAGGGCCCAGUCUCUGCUCUAUUGCAGUGAGCAUAAUGCUCUUGGCUCCUUCUCUGAAGAGGUCCAGAGCUGCAGCUGCCCUGUGGAGCAACUCUCCUGCCAGGGAGUCAUUCCCUGCUUUGUGGGUGUUUCCUCCACAUCAUGUUCCUCCUGUGCUGCUGACAACGUGACCCGCUGUGGUGCAUGUCACCAUGGCAGCCUCCUUCUCCUUGGUUCCUGUCGGCCCAGUAUUGCAACAUCCCUGGACCACUACCUGAACUUUGACCUGGAUAUGCCUGACACUGAGGUGAGGUAUCUGCUUCAGCGUCUAGACAGCAGGAUAGAGGUUCAUGCCAUCUACAUCAGUAAUGAUGUCCGUCUAGGCAGCUGGUUCAACCCUGCCUGGAGGAAAAGGAUGCUGCUCACACUGAAAAGCAACAAAAACAAGUCCAAUCUCAUUCAUAUGCUCAUGGGCAUCUCUUUCCAGAUUUGCUCUACUAAGAAUUCAACACUGGAACCUGUGCCUGCAGUUUAUGUGAAUCCUUUUGGGGGCAGUCACUCGGAGAGCUGGUUCAUGCCGGUGAAUCAGCCCGAUUUCCCUGAUUGGGAGAGAACUCGAUUGGAUGCUGUGGUCACAUCCCAGUGUUAUAACUGGACACUGUCCCUGGGCAACAAAUGGAAGUCCUUCUUUGAAACAGUACACAUCUACCUAAGGAGCCGAAUUGUCACCGAUGACCCAACAGUCAAUGAGACGCUCUUCUACGAACCAUUGGACCUGGAUGACCAGACAUCUAACCUAGGGUACAUGAAGAUUAACACACUGAAGGUUUUUGGAUACAGCAUGCACUUUGAUCCUGAGGGCAUAAAGGAUUUGAUCCUCCAGCUAGACUACCCCUACACAAAGGGCACUCAGGAUGCAGCCUUUCUGAUGCUGUUAGAGAUGAGAGACCGAAUCAAUCGGCUAUCGCCGCCUGCACCACAGCCAUUGGACUUGUUCUCAUGCUUACUGCGCCACCGGCUCAAGCUUUCAGCUGGCGAGGUUGCAAGGAUCAAGGAGUCCCUGCAAACCUUCAAUUCCAAGUUGCCAAAUGCCUCUCCUGAACCUGAGCUAGCUCAGCUGUGCAGCUAG